AUGGAAUUAUUAACGGGUGGUGAACUUUUCUAUCGAAUUCGUACACAUACAUCAUUUUCUGAAAAAGAAGCCAGUCAGUUAAUGAAAAAACUUGUAUCAGCUGUCAAUUUUAUGCAUAGUAACGAUUUAUGUCAUCGAGAUCUUAAACCAGAAAAUUUACUUUUCUCAUCAUCUGCUCCCGAUGCAGAAAUAAAAAUUAUAGAUUUUGGUUUUGCUAAAAAACGUAUGAAACAUCAAACAAUGACAACACCCUGUGGUACACUGUUAUACACAGCACCAGAAGUACUUCGUACUGCAACAUCAUUUAAUUAUUCUCAAUCAUCUUCUCUUUCUAAAUCCUCAGUCUCAUCAUCACCAUCAUCAUCAACAAGUACAACUGUAGCUUUUGUACCUUCCAUAACGAUAAAUACAAAUGCAAUUGCGUAUGGUUAUGAUGAAUCAUGUGAUUUAUGGUCAUUGGGUGUUAUUUUAUAUACAAUGUUAAGUGGUGAAGUUCCAUUUAAUUCAAUAACAGCUCAUCGAACAGCUGAAGAUAUUGUUGAAGAUAUAUCACGCUCCCAAUUAUCAUAUGAUACACCAGCAUGGAAAAAUGUUUCACAAGGAGCGAAAGAUCUUGUUAAAGGUACAUUUUUAUUAUUACUCCGUUUAUUGACAGUCGAUCCAUCCAAACGUUUAACAAUUAAAGAUUUGUCAAGAAAUGCUUGGCUUCGAGGUUCAAGUAUUCCAAUAUCGAAUGAACAUUUGAUGACACCUAGUAUACUUUGUCAAGCAUCUCGAUCGCUCAUUGUUCGUGCUGUUAAUGUGACAAUGCGUGCUUUUCAAAAAGCCGGUCAAUUUCAAUUAUCUUCUGUCACUGAUGGACUUCUAGCACAACGUCGUUAUGCAAAAAAAUCGACUGAUUCAUGUUCAUCGACAUCAAGUUCGACAACGACAUCGACUACAGCUGUUGUACCUACUAAUUAUAUUUCUUCAUCUACGUUGCCACAUACUCGUCGUUUAUGUGGCAAUGGAGUUUGUCGUUGUCGUCAUGCUCCAUGUCCACCAACGAAUGAUAUUUUAUCUUUGUCUUCAUUUGACUUUAGUGAAGAAAGACUUUCACAAUUAAUAGAUCAAUAUCCAUUGACAACGACAACUAUAACACCAAAAAGAUAUGGAAUGACAUUACGAUCACGAGCCACAGCUACCACUAAUGGUAUUCAUCAUGAAUUUGCAUCUCCUGCUCCACCUCCACCUUUACUACUUGUACCUUCAUUAUCGGUUUCUUCUUCUUCCUCAUCGUCUUCAUCGUUGUCUUCCAUUGCAACAGAUAUUCUUCCUUCGACUAAUACUAAUAGUGAGAAACGUCCAUUAACAUCACCAAUUUAUCAUCCAUUAGCAUCAGCCAAUAAGAAAGUCAAACGAUCGGGUACAAUAACUAUUAAUGAUUAG